GAAAAAGGAAUAGAAAGAAAGAAAUCCCUUAACAGAUAGUAAGCAGAAGAAAACCAAUUGAAGGACUCUUGAAUGAAAUCCACAGCAAUUGCUUUGAGGAAAGAGGGUUAACAAGCGGUGGUGCCACCUACGCGGAGGGCGUGGCGCUAGUUCCAAGGGUGAUUUAGUGUCGCGAGGGCCUCCAGAGGCGCAUCAUCGCAUGGAACGCAACCCCCCGGAGUGCACAGUUUCGCGCCCUUGGAUCAGGGUGGCUAAGAGCGAGAGGGACGCGCGCUUGAGCGAUCGAGCGAGCGCGAGGGGAUCGAAAGCGGGCAGGUGGGCAAAUUGAAGAAGGGGCAGCGAAGAAGGGGUGAGAAAAGCUCUGCUUAGGGGGUGACCAACGAGAGAGCAAGGCUGGCGUACUCCGCGCAUACAUCAACGAGCGAAGAUUUCGCGCGGAGAUGAGCGUACGAGUGGUCGCCGUCCUGUAUGCCUCGUUCUCCCUCCGAUGACGUCGUGUCCUUGCCGGACAAGGAUUCCAUACGAAGAGCAGGAGAAUGUCAUCGCCACCAUCACCAUCGGCAGGACGAAGGACACAUCGCCAUCGAGGAUCGUUUUCCAUCGCUCCUGGCGGCAGUGACCAUGGCGCCAGUCCUGUCGUGUAAACAGUGUUCUAGCGGAGGAUACGAUCCGUUUUCCAGAUUAAUGAUGCUGUCGUUGUGCCCUUGCUGACGAGCGGACGGAACAUCUGGCAUCUACAAUAAGGCCGCGAAGAAAGCAAAGAAACGUUUCGUUAAAACAAAUUACAGCAAACUCACGAUUAUUAUUGUGACUCUAUUUGUGGUGAGACCUUUCCUUGCGUGGCAAGCUUACCGAGGUCAAAAAGUAAUUGGUUGCGAUGGUGUCGUGCGCAAUGAUGCUCGUUCGCGUCGCGGAUUUCGACGAGGACAGAGGAAGCCCAGCGUCUUCGUGCUCGCUGCUGUCGUCACAUACUCACAGUAGACUGAGGUGUAUCAUCCUACACUUCAAAAGACAUAUCGCUUAUCCACCAUAAGAGGUCGAUGGUGAUGGCACGUGUCACGCGCCCUCGACAAAAAAUGGCGAAUACGACUGAUUCACCCGCGACGACCGGCGGCAGCCUCCUCUCGUCCUCGACGACGACGCCGUUUACCAACUCAUCGACGUCGGCGGCGACCUAUUCGAGUGAGGGUUAUACCCUCAACUAUAGCGGUCUGCCCAGUCUAGGCGGCUAUUCGCUGGAUGAUCUUAACUACACGUGGCUUCAAGACGUCUUGAAUAAUACGUCCACCGAGGUCAACAAUGUCACUGAGAGGCUGAAUGCGACAGUAUUAAUACCGGGUGGUUACUGUGACGAAUGGGAGGCUGCUCAGCACAAGCUCUUCCAGGCAGCGAAUUUAUUUUUUGCGGCUGCGUUUCUGGUGCCGCGCUCGUUUAAAGCUUCCGUCUUAGCUCUUCGCACGUUUCUCACGGCGGGCUUUAUGUUGGCGGCUCUCUGGGCCGGAAUCACUAUAUGCGCCUUGGACGCUAUGUUGUGGUGCUUGGCCCUCGGUCUGCUGAAUGGUAUUCACUCAUUGAUACUCGCCUGUCGAUUCCUGCCCCCGGCUCUCAGUCCCGAAUUAGCCGAGCUCUAUCUUAAGCUCUUCAAGCCCUACAAAGUCAGCAAGAAACACUUCCAGGAGUUGGCGAAAGAGGCGAGAAUACUUAAGCUGGAUUCCGAUCAGACGUACGCAACGGAAGGAAUUACGCCGGCAGAUAAAAGGCUGUCCAUUCUUUUACGUGGAAAACUGAAGGUAACUUGCGAUGGAACACACUUGCAUUAUAUCAGAGCUUAUCAAUUCGUCGACUCACCCGAAUGGGAGGCCAUGCACGAAAACGACGCCGAUGUCUUCCAGGUGACAAUACGAGCCGAGGAGCCUAGCACUUACAUCUGUUGGACGAGAAUGAAGUUGCUCAGGGUGCUCCGGCACAGGCCGCUGCUCAAGGUCGUUCUCAACACCCUCAUCGGUAAGGACAUUACGUCCAAGUUGUACGCCCUUAACGAGCAGCUCGCUGGUGUCGCGACCGCCAGUGAGAACGCCACGACGAAUCCUUACAGGGGAGUCUCGAGAAGCGUCAGCGUCGACGCCGUUAACACGGAAACCGCCGGAAAGAUUCGAUCGACGACCUGGAAGGCGCAGAGGCGGUACAGCAACCCGCGUAAUGAUAGAUAUUCCCCAGCUCGGAAUUCGCAUCAAUAUUGGACGCCGGUGGUUGCCAACCACUUUCCGCCGACUUCGCCGUUUAUUCAGAGCCAAAAUCUCGGCUACUCGUUACUGCCGCAGGGUAUCCAAUUUUCGCCACCUCCGCGAGCACCCGCCCUGUCUCACCCCCCUGUGGCGCGGCAACGAAGCGGGGGUGCUAGCGGCGAUUACACCCUGCUACCUCAGACACCGAAGCUCGAGAGGAAACGAUCGAAAAAAGGGACUAGAGAGGUGACCUUCGAGACACCGGUAUGACGCUCACUUGACGGGGAAGGUCCUGCCAGCGUGCCUCUGCUUUCACUGUCGCCGCAGCGCUCUACCUAGCCCCGUCGUGGUCUCAUUGUCACCCUAAAACACAUCGCAAAACUCACUCUUUGAACUUCCGGUCAACGAAUGGCCUAUCUCCUCGAAUGGGAAGGGAGAAUGCGACGAUCACGAUACGAGUAUGCUUUAAGAUAUCAUGGAAGCCUUCUUGGUACCGCGUAAUUGCAAGAGAGAAAAAAAACGUGGAAGAAAACGAAGUUGUUGCGGGUGCAGUUUUGAGGUGUGCCAUUGAUUUUCAUAUCCUGCAAGUGCCACGCCUUACAUAGACACGCAUGCACGUGUGAAAUCGAAACCGCGAUGAUGGUCGUGAAGACAAUUCCGAUGUCCCUACGAGAUCGGGACGUUCGUCGGAAUUUUGAGAUGGACCGAAAGGUGACGUGAAUCGUUCGUGAAUUAACGUGGAGAGAGAUAGAAUAAACGAUGAAAAUCGUAAAACGAAAGACUAAAUAUAGAAUAUAAUGUAUCGAUGAGCAUCGUCUCUAUGUACACACACCUUUACAUCGACUGUGAUUACAACGGAUAUAAUUAUUAAGUCUUUCAGAGAAACGCUGAUUAUAUACACAUACAAAAAGAGACACGUGCGUUAAUUAGCUGCCGCGGUAAUCACACACGCAUGAUCAAUCUUAACGCUUGCGUGAAUUCAGGUGUCCUCCGUUAAAAACCGGUGCGACGAUUUUCGGUUUAGGGUAAUCCUGCAUUUACAAGAUUUUUAAUUUUACAUAAAUUUUUAUUUGUUUUAUACGUUUUCGGCGGAUUUCUGUUUUCGAUGCUUCCGUGAAGCCUUUAAUUUUUUUAUACAAACGUUUCCUGUCCGUAAAUUGUCGAAUUUUUAUAUAUCUUUACAUUAUUACAUAUGUGCUCUUUAAAAAAAAAUUAUAUUAUAUUAACGAAAGACAUCUGAAUAGCACAAAUUGGAAUCGUUGUAUAAAAUUAGUGCAUAAAAUGCGCAUUCACGAUAAAUGUGAUAUACUGAGAAAACACGCAGCAGAUUUUAUUCGGCGAACGGAAAGAAAUUCCAUUUGCACUUCCUUAAUCAAAUAUAAAACGCGUUAAAUAAAUAAACAGAAAAAAAAACUGGAAAAGUGAAAUGGAAAAACAUGUCGAAUAACCCAAGAGUAAAACAAUAAGUGCUUCGUUAAAAAAAAGCCUGCAAUAAAGUGCUUCGAAAAAAGUAGUUGAUGGCGAGAUACAAAUUAUAAAACAAAGUUUAAUUAUUCACGCAGAUUAAACGGGAAAAAAUAUACGUCGUGCAUAACGUAGAAGAAAAAAAACAUGUGUGUUUGUAUGUUUCUAUGUUUAUAUAAUCGCCGCGUGUGAGAGCGAGGCUGUAGAAGAUCAAUAAAGACGCACAAACGAUUAAACAAAACACGUAAAGGAAAUAAAAUUAAUUAAAACGGCUGUGUAGAGUCGAGUGUAAAUGUUAAAAAAUGCAAAAAUGGCUGUAGAGUAUUGUAACGUUACGAAGGAAUGUGUGCAGAGUAUGCUCUAAGAGGCGCACGUCGGAAAGGAUCGCCGUUGUUCAAGUAGAAAUUAUUUUCGUCAAAUCAGACGAGAUAUCAUUGUAAUAUUCCAUCGUUAUGUAGUUGCUUUUGUAACAACUGGACGUAUAAAUAUAUAUAUAAUAAA